AUGGCUCCUCGGGACGGCGAGCCGCUUUCUUCAAUGUCCAUCUCGCCGUCCAUUGUCACACCCUCAUCGGUGCCGGCUACCAGCACCUCCAUGCCAUCAUUUUCUGACCACACAGGUCUUGGAUCACAUCCCAGCACGUCUGCCGGUAUCCCAGCCCCACCAGCAAGGCCUCGUCUUUCCGGGAGAAUUUCGCCGCCAGUUUCUUACCCACUCCCUCAAUUCAGUGAGACUGAUAAGACUAAAAGCCCCAAGCUGCCUCGAUCUUUGAGCUUCAGCCAUGCUAGUUCGUUUCGUGGAGUGGAAACGCGGCGACAAUCAUACGUGGCCAGUGUGUCUCCUGCCAAACGUCCGUAUGAAACGGCGGCUCCUGAUGUACACAGAUACCUCCCUCGACUGCAACACAACCCUAAUCCAGGGAUGCACCCGCCCCCAAACCAUGGCUUGAACAGGCCGGAUUCGACGCACCCAUCGUCCCAUUCAACGGACCGCAUGCAUUACCCACGAUCCUUGUUGGAACCAAGGGACGGGCAAGGCCAAGACCGUCCCCAGUCACUCUAUUCGCAUUCGACACCGCAGGGCGCUCCUGGUAGCCAACCGGUAUCGGCAUACAGAGGGCUGGAAAGUGGGACGUUUUGGUCGGAAGAUUCGCGUCGAUCCGGGAUGAGCAGGGCCGCAAGCAGCGCGGAAGGACAGCAGGCAUACAUGACACUUCCCGGCAGUGACAUGACGAUUCCAGUCCAGGUUGACUAUUCACAGGCGUCAAAAAAGGCGGACGAGAAACGGCAGCGCAACGCCAAAGCCUCCACGAGGCAUCGCAGAAAGAAAAAGACGAUGCAGGAGGAGAACAUGAGGCAGCUUGAAGAUCUCCGGGACGAGCGACACCAGCUCGCGUGCGAACUGGAAGACACGAGAAGACAGCGGGACUUUUAUCGAGACGAACGAAACCGGCUGAGGGAGGUUGUUGUCCGAACGCCAGGAAUACACCACCACGCGGUCGGGCCGCCGACGCCUUCGAUCCGCGUGGUCGAAGAGAGAAGUGCGGGCGCCGGCUCCCAGGUUCCGAGGCCAAGAUUGGGAACAGAAUACUCAAGCGAUCAGUCAUCGGCAGGUCGACCGGCGCGGAGGCGACGGAUAGAAGACGAAACAACAAAAUAUUCUGCUACUGGUCUCGGGCCGCCUUUGGGAGAGACGCCGGGGGGUUCGAGCCCUGUUCCAGCACUGGGCCAUACAUAUGGGACCGUAUCAGCUGCCUCGUUAACAGCUGGCGAGAGGCUACCCCCCUUACGAGCAAUGGAAGGGCAGGUUGCGGCCCAAGGCUUGGGCACUGCUCAUGAUGAGCAAGAAGCAAAAUCUGGACCUUGGAGGACAGGCCAAAAUCGACAAUUUGAGACCGGGUGGGCAAGGGAACCAAAGUAA